AUGGGUAGAAUAGCAGUGCUCCUGGAACAUGAAUUAAAAACUAGCAGUAGGAUUCUUUUUCGUCUUGUCUUGUUAUGGUACAAUCCUGUGACUGAAGAGGAUGUUUGACUUCGACAUUGCCUAGGCGUGUUCUUCCCAAUGUUUGCUUAUGCAAGCAGGACUAACCAGGAAUGUUUUGAAGAAGCCUUUCUUCCAACUCCACAAACAAUGGCCAAUGCCCCUGCAUCUUCUCCUUUAGCUGAAAUAGAUGUCACUAAUGUUGCUGAGUUACCUGUAGAUUUGACAAGACCAAGUGGAUUGAAUCCUCAGGCCAAGAAUUCCCAAGAUUAUCAAGCCUUAACAGUUCAUGACAAUCUGGCUAUAAAAAUUUGCAAUGAGAUCCUAGCAUGUCCAUAUUCACCAGAAAUUCGGGUCUAUACAAAAGCCUUGAGUUCUUUAGAACUCAGGAGCAAUCUUGCUAAAGAUCUUCUAGUUCUAUUGCAUGAGAUUCUGGAGCAAGUAAAAGAUAGAACGUGUCUGAGAGCUUUGGAGAAAAUCAAGGUUCAGUUAGAAAAAGGAAAUAAAGAACAUGGUGGCCAAGCUGUAGUGGCACAGGAUGACAACACAACUACAACUGUUUUUCAAAGUGAAGAUGAAAAGAAUAAAGAAGUAUAUAUAACUCCUGUCAAGGAUGUUAAAGCAUCCCGAACGAAAUCCACUCAGCAAAAGACCAACAGAGGACAGAGAAAAGUGAUAGCUUCAGCUAGAACGAACAGGAGACGUCAGACUGUUGAGGCUGAGGCUGACUCUGAAAGUGAUCAUGAGGUUCCAGAGCCAGAAUCAGAAAUGAAGAUGAAACUACCAAGACGAGCCAAGACAGCAGCACUAGAAAAAAGUAAACUUAACCUUGCACAAUUUCUCAGCGAAGAUAAAAAUUAG